UUCUUACCUUUAUCAAUGAAAAAUAUCUAUAUAGCAUUCUUUCGUCAUGUACUGACAAUAUCACAUUCAGAUUUUCAUCGAAUGUUUUCCGAUACAUAUGGUAUACUUUAUGAUCGUCAUUCAUUCAUAUUUAAUCAAAUGUUUCGUAAUCUUGAACAUUAUUAUAAUGAUGGCCAAUUGGAUCUUACUAUUGCUAUGAAAGAAUUUUUUAAUUUACUUUAUAAAAAAAUGUUUGAAGAAUUGAAUGCACAAUAUUCAUUUGAUUCAAAUUAUCUAAAUUGUACUGUUGAACAUAUGGAAGAAAUGAUGCCAUUUGGUGAAUUACCACAAAAAUUAAUUGUACAAGUUAGACGUUCAUUUGUUGCUGUACGUACAUUUGUACAAGCAUUACGUUAUGGUAGUGAUAUUUUGAAAACAAUUAUGGAGCUAUCCAUAAGCUCGACCUGUGAAAAUCGUUUACAAUCAUUGUCAUAUUGUUAUCGUUGUGAUUCAAAUAGCCAUUCAUCAACAGCAAAUAAUAAUAAUAAUAAUAUCUGUCAAUCAACAUGUAUUGAUCAAUUGGAAAAAUGUUGUCUACAAUGUUUGGGCAGUUUGAAUAAAGAAUGGAAUAAAUUUUUAAAUGAUAUGAUUAGAUUAUCUAGUCGUUUGAAAACAUCAUUCAAUAUUGAACAUAUUGUUAGUCCUAUUCAUAUACAGAUAUCGGAUGCAAUUAUGAAUUUUCAGGAAAAUGGUCGUACUAUUUCACAAAGGCUAUUCAAUAAAUGUGGUCGACCUGUUCAUCGUAAACGUGAAAAAAGAAAUGAUAAUUUAUCAAUGAAUCACUAUCAACAACAACAACAAUAUCCAAGAAUAAUCAAUACAAUGACCAAUCAUCCUCAACAACAACAGCAACAACGACAACAACAAUCACCAUUAUCAUUAUCAUCACAGCCACAACAACAACAACAACAAAAUAUUGACAGCAUAAUCGAUUCAAUGAUAAAUGAAUUUAAAACAUUUAAAAAUUUUUGGUCAAAUUUGCCAAGAAAAUUAUGUUCACAUUAUAGUACCGAAGCCAAUUGUCUAACUAAUCAAACAUUUCGAAAUUCGGAUGAACCAAAUUAUCGUGAUCGAAACAAUGUCGAAAUCAUCAAUCAACAGAUCGCAACAUUACGAUUAAUUUCAUUCAAUUUGAAUAAAGCAUAUAAUGGUUUGGAUGUUGAUUUUGAAAAUAAUUUUGAUACGGACAAUGAUGAUACACCACCAAUUGAUGAUGAAAUAUCUGAUGAUGCAAGUGGUAAUAAUGAAUCUUCGGGUGAUGAUGGUGGUGGUAGCGGUUUUGCUGGUAUUGAUGAUUCAUCAUCAUCAAUUAUCGAUAAUGAACAAACAAAUAAAAAUCCAAUCUAUCAACAUAAUGAUGAUCGAUCAAGAACAAAUCAAUCAUCAUCAUCAAAUAAUGAUAUCAAUUUUGAUACAUCAACUGAAUCAUCGACAACAACAACAACGAUGACCAAAAUUAUUACACUGGAUGUAACAAAAACAUCAUCCGGAUUUAGCCAUCUAAAUAAUCGACCUAUUGAUAACAAUUUACAAUUAUUAAUCAUUAUUAUUACAUCAAUUUCAAUGAUAUUUUUAUAAAUUGAUUUUUCCUUGUUUGGUUUGCUUGUUAUUAUUCAUCUUUCUCUUCUCGCUUACCCUCUUUUUCCCAUAAAAAAUUCAUUCAAUUUAAGUUUUGAUUUGCUGUGAUUUAUUUCAUUUUUGUAAUUGUAUUAUCUGUAAAAUGUGUGUGUGUUUUAUGUAUUUUGU